AUGGAGGUGGCCUUGGCAAAGUUGGACGAGCUCUACAGCAUACAUGACCACUUUUUCAGCGCUAACAAAGAGGAAAAGAAGCUCAAGCUGCAAGCACUGGUCGAUGAAGUGAUGGCGCUUGUCGAUGAUGUCGGCAUGGAUCGAUCUAACUCUCGCGAAUUGAAAGCCACUGCGUGGUACAUUCAAGGCAAAGCGCUCGAAGUAUUUCCCGAGUACAACCCGUCGUCUGAGGCAUUGCUCACGAAAGCGGCCAAGCUUGAUCCAUGCAAUUCGGACAUUUGGGUAUCUCUUGGAAACUGCUUUUGGAAGAAGGGCGAUCUGGAGGCUGCCAAGAACUGCUUUGAAUCGUGCUUGGAUUAUGGGCCUAGCAAGCAUGCGCUGCGGAGCCUAUCCAUGGUAUUGAGGAAAAUGGGCACCAACGUCGAAGAAAAGACCAGCAAUAUCAAGGCCAGCAUCACCCACGCAAAGGCAGCGCUGAAUUUGGACAUCCAGGAUGGUGAAUCGUGGUAUGUCAUGGGCAACGCGUACCUCGCCUUGUUCUUUGCUUGCUCCCACAGCACAGUCGACUUGGACCGAUCGCUCGCCGCCUACGCUCGAGCUGAAGCCGGAGGGGCGGCCAACAACCCCGACCUGCACUUCAAUCGAGCCAACGUGCAUCGUUACAAAGAAGACUAUGCGCUUGCAGUGCAGAGCUUUUGCAAGGCGCAUGCCCUGGAUCCGUCGCUUCGCGCGAUGGCGAUCGUGGAUGGUAUUCUUCGGUGGACGCUUCGAGUUUCCAACUUAAUCCAUCAUAAGGGGAGGUUCAAAGUCACCCGCAUUGCGCAAUUGGCAUCUGCGUUGCCGCCUGUGUGUGAAGUCCAAGGGCGAACUCGUGUGUCGAUCUCAUCCUUGCAGCAAGGCCACAAUGAAGGGAAGGUCGUCGCAUUAAAGCUGCUCGUGGAUGUAGUCCGAGGAAACGAGCCACCUGGGUGUUUUGUCAUGAUGGACGAGGCGCAAACGUGCUGUGCCGUGUCAAUAUACCACUUGGACAGCGUCGCGUACACGAAAAUGACGGAGCGGGAUGUGUUCUACGUCCUGGACCCUUUCGUCAAGGUCGUGCACCUCGAGUACAACUGCAUGUCGAUCAACUACGUGUGCCUCCACGUGGCCGAGCCACAUUUGUUUCUUAUCAACGGCCACGUCGUGGCGGAGUCGUACGCGCAUGCUGAGAUUCAUUUGAAGAAUUUUGAUUUGUAG